AUGGCCGAUGGAGUGGUCACGUUCGUGCUCAGCAAGCUCUCAACGGUUAUAGAAGAAGAGCAGUAUUUGCUGAGAGGGUUCAGGGAAGAGCUCAAGCACAUAAGAGAUGAAUUGGAGAGCAUCAGGGCCUUCUUGAGGGUUGCUGACGGGAUGGAAGAAAGAGAUCCGGAACUCAAGGUGUGGGUGAAGCAAGUCAGAGACGUUGCUUUUGACAUCGAGGAUGCUCUCGACGAAUACGCGAUUAGUCUCGUUCGUCCCACUGAGCGUGGUGUCCGAUCCUAUAUCCAAAAAGUCACCUUCCCCUUGAAGACAUUGAGAGUGCGGCGUCAAAUUGCCUACCGAAUAUUUAAUAUCAAAGCCAGGGUAUUAAGUAUAUCAGAGCGGCACCAGAGGUACCGCUACAAGUUCAGUGUAAUCGAGCACCAUGGAUCGAGCUUGGUAUCCAGAGACGAUCCAUGGAUUGAUCCUAGAGGAAAUGCGCUAUUACUCGAGGAAUCAGAGCUGGUAGGAAUCGAAAAGCCAAGAAACCAACUCGUGGAGUGGCUUGUUGGCGGAGAUUCGAAGCUUGAAGUCACUUCUAUAGUGGGAAUGGGUGGAUUAGGCAAGACUGCCCUCACGAAGAAAGUUUUCGAUAGUGCAGUAGUGAAGAGUCAUUUCGCUAGUCAUGCUUGGAUCACCAUUUCAAGAUCAUUUGACGUCAAAGAUCUUCUGAGGGAUAUGAUAGAGCAACUGUUUGAAGAGAUUAAGCUACCGGUUCCCCCUGGAGUAAGCGCCAUGAAUGGGGAUAGGCUGAAGGCGUUUAUCCAUGCAUUCCUUCAGCAAAGACAGUACUUGAUCGUUCUCGACGAUUUGUGGAGCUCGCAAGCAUGGGAGUUAAUGCAAUUUGCAUUGCCUAGAAACUUCCAUGGAAGCCGAAUUAUGAUCACAACCCGCGCGGCCGAUGUAGCCUUAGGUUGUUGCAUCGAGUCACCAGACCGAGUCUACAACUUGCAGCCUCUGCCUCCCCAAGACUCUUGGCUUCUGUUCUGUAAGAAAGCAUUCCAAGGAAACUUAUGUCCUCCUCACUUGGAAGACAUCUCGCGAUGCAUUUUAGCCAAGUGCAGAGGAUUACCCCUUGCAAUCGUUGCUAUUAGUGGCGUCCUAGCUACGAGGGGUACGAGUAGAGUGGGCGAAUGGGAAAUGAUUCGGCGCAAUCUUGGCGAUGAAUUAGAAGGUAACGACAGACUUUUCAAUCUGCGAAAAAUAUUGUCGCUCGGCUAUUCCGAUUUGCCUUACUACUUGAAAUCUUGUCUCUUGUACCUGAGCGUUUUCCCUGAGGACCACAUAAUCGGGCACAAUAGGCUCGUCCAUCUGUGGAUCACCGAAGGAUUCGUGGAGGAGAAAGAAGGCAAAACAUCGGAAGAAGUCGCAGAGAGGUACCUCGAAGAGCUUCGCAACAGAAGCUUGAUCCAGGUUGCUAAAGUAACUUCCGACGGAAGGAUCAAUGCUUAUUGGGUACACGACAUCUUAAGAGAGAUCCUGCUGACGAAGUCGAAGGAUCAAAACUUCGCUGAGAUUUCCAAUCCAAUGACAGCAAGGUGUUCUGGUGAUGCUCGACGCGUUGCCAUCCACUGUAGCUUGGCCAAUCCACAAUUGAGCAAGAUCAAUGCAGUCCGACUCCGCUCUCUACUCAUGUUUGGAGUGCCCGAUUUGCCAUCCAGCUCAUCGUUAUUGCCAUCGCUUAGAAACGAGUUUAAGCUGCUCGAGGUGUUAGACCUGGCAGAUGCCUCCCUCGAUGUGUUCCCAAAGGAGAUCGUCAGAUUAUAUCAAUUGAAGCAUCUAAGCUUGAGAGGGAAGAAGAUAGACAGGGUUCCAAGCACAAUUGGGAACCUGCAAAAGCUUGAGAUUCUGGACCUGAAGAAUACCUUGUGUCGGAGUUGCCUGCUUCAAUCCAAAGGCUACGACGCCUGA